AUGGCAGAUCCAAUCCGUCCUCUCAUCGUCGAGACCACCAAGAUCAUGGAAGCCCAACCUCCGGCUAUUACUGAGGCAAUCCCCCUCGUAACACCUCUAAACCUCUUCCUCUUCUCUCUCGCCGCAUAUCUCAUCUACAUGCGUUUCAAGCCCUCUCCAAUCCCCACAAUAGACGCACCGGAACCUAUAGUUUACACGGCAUACACCCCACGCACUUUAUUAAAAUACAACGGCACGGAUGAUCCGCGUAUUUUACUCGCGCUGAAGGGGAAAGUAUUCGAUGUAUCUUCGAAGCCAAUGUUUUACGGCCCAGGUGCAUCGUAUAGUUUGUUUGCAGGGAGAGAUGCGAGUAGAGGAUUGGCUAAGGGUGUUUUGGACCAGAGUUUGUUGACACCGCUGGAUCAGAAGUUGGAUACUUUGGAGGAUUUGACGGCGGAUGAGAGGGAGACUUUGCAAGGCUGGUUUGAUCAGUUUGUGGGGAAGUAUCUGGUCGUCGGUGAGCUAGUUAAUGAGGGAGAAGAAGGUACGGUUCAGGAGAAGCAGUAG